AUGGAAAGAAGGACCGGAGUGGUUCAGUUGGUACGAAUGAGACAACUUGCCGAGGCUAUAGAUCAAAAUAAGGAUGAUUGGACAGGACUGACCGACCCGGCGGCCAGAAGGAAAAUACAGACUAGGCUACACCAGAGAGCGUGGCGUAAGCGAAAAGCACAAGGGGCCAGAAUCGAGGCCGGAGUUGAUAGCGUUGGUCCUACUGAGAAAGGGACUUUUCAAGUUGAUGAAACUAGGCCGUCUCAAUAUCUUCAGACACAGAGGUUUGCAUCGGCCUUACGGCCUAAUCAACUGCUCGACUAUCAAUGGGAUGCUUCUGCUUCCACCGGAUACCAAGUCGAAUCACCUCCACUCAUUUCCAUAUUAUAUCCCGACAGUUCAAUCCCACUCGAAGUAGCCUCAGAAAUCGCACUCGAUAUAACACCAUCCAUCAAACACCCCCUAAUCCCACCAAUCCUACCCUACCUCAACAAAGCAACAUCCAGCCUCCCACUACCACCAAUCCACUUCCCAAUCGCCCCAGACCACCGUCUCAUAACCCUCUUCCAAUACAACGUCCUCCGCGCCACCCUAACCAACAUGUCUCUCCUCUCCCUCCUCCACCGCCUCCCCACCUACUGCGCAUCCGCCCUCCAAAUCCCCCUCCUAUCCCCACCACCCCUCCCCAACUCCAACUUCCCACACUCCCUCCGCCCAACCCUCCUCCAGCAAACCGUCACACACGAUUACUGGAUCGAUAUCAUGCCCAUCGCGCAGAUGCGCGAUAACCUGAUCCUCAACCAAGGACUCUACGAUCAAGACGAGUUAUGCAGUGAUAUUGUCGGCGGACUGUAUGAUGGCUUUGACGAUGUGCAGAAUAAGGGCAUUAUUAUCUGGGGUGAGCCGUGGGAUGCGGAUGGGUGGGAGAUUAGUGAGGGGUUUGCGAGGAAAUGGGGGUUUUUGCUUAGGGGUUGUGGGGAUGCGGUUCGGGCGACGAAUUUUUGGAGGGAGGGGAGGGGGGAGGAGAGGUUGGUUUUGGAGGUGUGA